GAAUUUAGAAUUCUAAUAACUGUAUAGUGUCAUUGGAAAAAAGUUGCUGGUCAAAAUACAAACAAUUUAAUAGGUUUGUACCCACAAAAUACUUUUACAACCACACAUAAUUAGUAAACUUGACCUAGUUUUUCACCAGUCGUCAAAGUGUAAUUAAUAUAUAGUAGUACUGACUUCACUGCGGUUGUUAGUUCUCUUGUGUGAAAAGUUUGAAAAUGUUCCUAGUAUUUGGUGUUCUUCUACUCUCCACACCUACCCUGUGCAGCAAUAUUUUAGGAGUCUUCACAUAUCCCUCAUUUAGCCACCAAAGCGUCUUCCAAUCAAUAUGGAAACAACUAUCCCUGAAAGGUCACAACGUCACUGUGGUAACACCCAACCCUCUAAACGACCCUUCUCUAACCAACCUAACCGAAAUCAGUGUCCACUUCACCUACGACCUUCUAAAACAAGCCAAAAUCCAAGAGGUCUUAUCAAAAAACACCAACGUUUUUCAAAGUUUGUACGAUGUGUGUCGUUUCCUAGAUGUGAUGGUAGAAGCUGAACUUAACAGUACUGGCUUCAAAGAACUGAUAGUAGACGAAUAUAACCACUUUGAUCUGGUACUAGUCGAUGGUCUUCACCCCGUUGUGUACGCGUUAGCGGAAAGAUUCAAGGCACCUGUUGUUGGCGUUUCCCCGUUUGGAGUACUGGCAGUCAUCUACAAUAACGUUGGUAAUCCCACACACCCGGUACUGUACCCAGAUGUUCUAUUUGGCUUCCAUAAUAUUGAACAAUCGAUUUGGUUCAAAAUUAAAAGUGUUCUAUGGAGUUUGUGGUCAAGGUACCACCACCAUGAUAUUUUCGUACCAAGAGCACAUGGCAUUGCAAAGAAGUACUUUGGCGACGGUACACCGUAUGUAGGAGAUGUUGAGAAGAAUCAGAGCAUGCUUUUUCAUAAUCUAAACCCUUUAUUGUACCCGAUGAGACCAAAUGUACCCAUGAUAGUUGAAAUGGGGCAGAUGCACAUCAAACCCGUGAAACCACUUCCUCAGGAUUUGCAACAAAUACUAGACAAUGCUACCGAAGGUGUAAUUUACUUCAGCUUAGGUUCGAACGUUAAAAGCGUAAAUCUAGACGAAAAACUUAGGAAAAUCGUAAUAGAAGCUUUAUCUGAAUUACCUUACAAAGUUCUGUGGAAAUGGGAGUCCGAUUAUUUGCCUGGAAGACCAAAGAACGUGGUCACAAGAAAGUGGUUUCCACAACAGGAUAUUCUUGCACAUCGAAAUAUUCGUGCCUUUGUUACACAAGGUGGUCUACAAUCCAUUGAGGAAGCAGUUUCUAGAGGGGUACCACUCAUUGGGAUGCCCUUCGCGACUGACCAGCCUUCGAAUGUCCACAAAAUUAUAGACAUAGGGAUCGGGCUAGGUGUUGAUCCGGGUACUGUGACCAAGGAGGAAUUAAAAGAGUUUAUAAUUGAGGUUGCCGAAAACAACAAGUACCAUCGACGAAUUCACGAAAUUCGUGACAUUUUGUACGACAAGCCAAUGACUGGGCUGGAAAAGUUUGUUUGGUGGUCUGAGUACGUUAUUAGACAUAAGGGGGCGGAACACUUGAGGAGUCCGGCAGCUGAUUUUACUUGGUUUGACUAUUUAUUAGUGGAAGUUGUCGUAGUUGCAGUUGUACUGAGUGGUACUAUUAUCUACCUCUGGUACAAAGUAAUCCAAUUAACCAUUUACUGGCGCAAAUAA